AUGGCUGCCCAGUGCGUCACAAAGGUGGAGCUGAAUAUUUCCUGUGACAAUCUUUUGGAUAAAGACAUAGGGUCAAAGUCAGACCCUUUGUGUGUGUUAUUUUUGAAUACCAGCGGUCAACAGUGGUAUGAGGUUGAGCGCACAGAAAGGAUUAAGAAUUGCUUGAAUCCCAAAUUCUCCAAGACAUUUAUUAUUGAUUACUACUUUGAAGUGGUUCAGAAAUUGAAAUUUGGGAUUUAUGACAUCGACAACAAAACCAUCGAGCUGAGCGAUGAUGACUUCUUAGGAGAAUGUGAAUGUACCCUUGGACAAAUUGUUUCCAGUAAGAAGCUAACUCGACCACUGGCACUUAAAAAUGGCAGACCUGCAGGGAAAGGGAGCAUUACGAUUUCAGCUGAAGAAAUAAAGGAUAACAGAAUUGUCUUGUUUGAAAUGGAAGCAAGAAAACUGGAUAAUAAGGAUCUAUUUGGAAAGUCAGAUCCUUACCUAGAAUUCCACAAGCAGACAUCUGAUGGAAACUGGCUAAUGGUUCAUCGAACGGAGGUUGUUAAAAACAACUUGAAUCCUGUUUGGAGGCCUUUUAAGAUCUCUCUUAACUCUCUGUGCUAUGGAGAUAUGGAUAAAACUAUUAAGGUAGAGUGUUAUGAUUAUGACAACGAUGGGUCACAUGAUCUCAUUGGAACAUUUCAAACCACAAUGACAAAACUGAAAGAAGCCUCCAGAAACUCACCUGUUGAAUUCGAAUGCAUAAAUGAAAAAAAGAGGCAAAAGAAGAAAAGCUACAAGAAUUCAGGGGUUAUCAGUGUGAAGCAGUGUGAGAUUACAGUGGAAUGUACAUUCCUUGACUAUAUCAUGGGAGGCUGCCAGCUGAAUUUUACUGUGGGAGUGGACUUCACUGGCUCCAAUGGUGAUCCGAGUUCUCCCAACUCCCUUCAUUACAUCAGCCCCAGUGGUGUUAAUGAGUAUUUGACUGCAAUCUGGUCUGUGGGACUGGUCAUUCAAGACUAUGAUGCUGAUAAGAUGUUUCCAGCUUUUGGCUUUGGAGCACAGGUCCCACCUCAGUGGCAGGUUUCUCAUGAAUUUCCAAUAAACUUUAAUCCAUCCAAUCCCUACUGUAAUGGAGUCCAGGGCAUUAUAGAGGCAUAUCGGGCCUGCCUUCCUCAGAUAAGACUAUAUGGACCGACUAAUUUUUCUCCAAUCAUAAAUCACGUGGCCAGAUUUGCCGCUGCAGCCACGCAGCAACGGACAGCUUCUCAAUAUUUUGUGCUCCUGAUCAUUACUGACGGCGUGAUCACAGACCUCGAUGAGACCAGACAGGCUAUUGUUAACGCUGCCAAGCUGCCCAUGUCCAUCAUCAUUGUUGGUGUUGGAGGUGCGGACUUUGGCGCCAUGGAGUUUCUAGAUGGUGAUGGUGGAAGCCUCCGCUCCCCGUCGGGCGAAGUAGCCGUCAGGGACAUUGUCCAGUUUGUGCCUUUCAGGCAGUUCCAGAAUGCUCCGAAAGAAGCACUUGCUCAAAGCGUCUUGGCGGAGGUCCCCCAGCAGGUGGUGGGCUACUUCAACACAUACAAACUGCUUCCUCCCAAGAACCCGGCUACUAAAUGA